GUUGGUGUUCGAAAGAUGGGGGAUUUACGUGAGUUUGGGAAAGUUACGUCUCGCUGCAGUUGGUGAUUUUCUAUGGAAUACCAUAUACCUACCGUAUGGCGAAGAUAAAUGCAUACGCAAACAGUGUCGGACACUCAACCCGACGCAACAUCGUAACGUAGUAGGUUGUGUGGGCAUGUAAGGUCGCAUAUCAGGAAUGACAAGGUGUUAAUAUCUGUUGUACACGGGACCGAAUAUCGCUGUCUGGCCACUCAUUUUUGUAUGGUGACGUUGGAAGGUCACUAAGUUAGAACUCACCUGUAAAGGUGGUGGUGCGUGCAGAGUUAUUCUCAGAUAAGUUUUUAAAAUCCGUUAAGAGUUAUAGGAAACGAAGUUUACCGGAGAAUUCAAGUCGGGAAGUAUACGUACUAUACGUGGUGGGAUAAAUUGCCAUCGCUGCGGGUUUAGGGUAUUCCGAAUAGAUUUGUGUAAAAUUGCUCCGUUUAGUUGCGCUCCAAUUAAAUUAAGCAUCCAGUGUAUCUCGCAUGGAAUUAACGUUCGCCGUUGCUAGGCGCUAAUUGGUGCACCGGAGGCCGCAGUAACCCCGAGACAAAUCGGCCGCUACGAAACUCUACGAAAGUCAAAACUAAUUUAACUAAUUCUCGUUGAACGCUGUAUGCUCGAAUUCACGUUCAUAGAUACAACGGAUAGCAUAGGGAAUAAGGAAGUCUGUCGGUAAAUUAUGAAGAUCCUAGUCUGUGCAGUUCUACUCCUGUCCAUCGCGUCGAUUUUUCCAGCGGACGAAAAGUUGUCCAGAACCAGGAGGUUGGUGGGGAUCCGACCUGGCUCGAAAUUCUUUCUCAGGAUGAACUUUAAAGACGCCAUACUUAAUUCUACCCCGAUUUUCGCUCAUGUCGCUGGAUUCAAAGUAGCAUGGGACGUUCCGGAGGGGAAGCUAAAGUUUUCAGGGAGAAGACCAAUCCGAGCGGUUCUGGAGGAUGCCGAAUUUCUAUUUAACAGACAUGGUUUUGAUGGGAAAUCCUGCCUCUUGAAUAACAUUUGUCAUGCUGCGGAUUACGUCAGUCAGAAAACCGGUGUCGUGGCAAAGAUUCUUAGACUCCUGCUGCGAGAUUUGAGGGAGGAUCGAAACGCGUCUGUAAAAGAUUCGUUCACCUGCAGGGAUCGUAAAAGCAGUUGCCCUUUGAAUUUUAUUGGAUUUAAUGCGUUCUUGGAAAAAUGAUCAUACGAAGAUGACCGACUUUAGUGAAUCCAUAGGAAGCUGUAAAUCGAAUUUGUUCCGAAAAUUGUUCAUCGAUUUGCCCUCUAGAAUAAAAAGAGGGAGGGAAAAAAAAUGUGAAACAACAUAAAUUAUAUUGUUCGUAUAGCUUUGACGAGAUGUGAUCGAUAACUUUGCGUAAAAUCAAUAAAAUGCUCAUCCAUGA